UACGUCAGAUGGCACACUUCAAAAUUGACAACUCACUUAACCUUAUAAAAAUAUAAACGUCAAAAAUUUUAAUAACAAACAAUAUUUUUUGGAAGCGUACAGGGUAAAAAUAAAUAUUUUGAAAUGGCUGAGAAAAAAGGUAAUCCCUUGGACAUAAACGGGUCCAAUUUUAAUUCCAACAUGUAUCUGGAAAAGCUAUUUAAGGAAUAUAAUUUGAAACAGAUAAUGGACCAUGAAAGUGAAAUUGUAAAAGACACCCAAACCUUACAUUCUGACAUGCAAACUUUGGUCUAUGAAAAUUACAACAAGUUUAUAUCAGCCACUGACACAAUUAAAAAGAUGAAAAAUGAUUUUAAGAAAAUGGAGACUGAAAUGGAUUUGCUAGCCUCUAAUAUGGCUUCCAUAACAUCAUUUUCAGAUCAAAUUAACUCAACUUUACAUGACAGUAGGGAGAAGAUAUCAAAAUUAUCAGGUGUACACUCACUGUUACAAAGGCUACAGUUUUUAUUUAAACUUCCAGCCACAUUAAAAAGUAGAAUGGAGGAGAAAAAUUACAUACAAGCCACCCAAGAUUAUCUACAUGCCCAAAGAGUAUUACAACAAUAUGGUGACUUACCUUCACUUCAGGGGAUUAAAACAGAUUGUGAAUCAAUUUUGACUGAAUUGAAAGUUGAAUUGAGAAAACAAUUCUCCAACCCACAGGCCACCGCCAGGGAAUUGGCAGAAUCUGUAGAUCUUCUCCUGCAGCUGGAUGAACCAGCAAAAGAAUUGUGUUCUGAAUUUCUUACCUGUGCUGAGAAAAGACUCAGUGUGCAGUUGGUCAUGCUUAAAGAUCAGAGUGAACAGAGAGAUAUAAUUGAAUUUGUUGAUUUAGGUUGCACAGGAUUCUUAAGUGAUCUUUGCUUAGUUGUUGCCUCUUUUCAUGACAUGUUUUUAAAUAGAAGUGUAAACUCAGAAAACGUCGUCAAUAGUGAAAUCUUUGAAAAUUUUGGAGCAAUUGAAUUAAACACAUUUGUAAAACAAAAUAUGCAAAAAUACUUUGAAUUGGUACAAAGUAAAGUGGAUUCAGAACAGGAUGUAGGAGAUACUAGUGUUCUAGUCCAAGCACUAGAUCGUUUCUAUAGAAGAAUAGAAAGUAACAAGCUUUGCAAAGACAUCGAUUUUACGUCAACUGCUACAGAUAUAGUUAUCAAUGCAGGACGUAAACAAUGCAAAGCCCAUUUACAGAUUUUAAAAAUGCAAUUCGCCGAUAUUUUAACUAAAUUUCGACAAAACUUAAGUACUCCAAAACUUAUAAGUCAAGAUGAUUCAUCAAAGAACUUGAACGACAUUUUAACGUCGCUGAUACUCACCAUAGUUGAAAAAAUUAAAGGGGUGUUGCAGGACCUUGUAGUCUUUUUGCAACCAGAGCUGACAUUUGCACAAAAACCUCAAUUUAGAGACAGUUUUUGUGUGGACAAUGUUAGAGAGGGUUUGAUAGUGUGUUUUAUGCACCAUUUGACCGCCACGGCGAGAGGCUUCUGCUCACCAGGCACAAUAGACUCUAAAUCUCCCCCAACUUUAAUACUACUAUUAUCUAAACUGUGUCUUGAUUUUGGAAAUGGAAGUGUGCACUUCUUGUUAGGUCAAACCGACGAAUUAUUCCAAAUAAAUCAGAAGCAAGCUCUCACCUUAACUACUGAGGCUGAAAUUAAUAAAACCAUGCAGUUGUCAGCCCAAGAACUAUUAAAUUAUUACGUCAGAUUGCAGGGUUUAAAUUGUUCACAAAUGUUAAGAAAAAGUGUUGAGACUAGAGAUUGGUUACACACAAUUGAACCAAGGACUGUUAGGGCAGUUAUGAAAAGAGUUGUGGAAGACAUUUCUGCAAUUGAUGCCACUGUUGCUCUGUUAUAUGAUGAUCAAGGAACUACUACAGAACACAGCAGUGAUUCCAGUAGAAAAACUCACAGUAUUUCAGUAUCCAGACACCAAUUCAGAUCCAACUGGUCGAGUUAUACACCCAGUCAUUUGGAUUCCACUUUGGUUUCAAAUAUGCACAAAUUAUUUAGCGAAAGAAUUGAGAUUUUCUCCACCGUUGAUUUCGAUAAGGUGUCGAUUUUAACGGGAAUAAUAAAAAUAAGUCUGAAAACGUUCAUGGAAUGCGUGAGACUGAAGACGUUUAGUAAAUAUGGGUUGCAACAGAUACAAGUGGACACGCAUUACCUUCAAUUAUAUUUAUGGCGAUUUGUUUCUGAUGAAAACUUGGUUCAUUUCCUAUUGGAUGAAAUAUUGGGUUCAGCAGUUCACAGAUGUCUAGAGCCAGUAUUAAUGGAACCAAGUGUUGUUGACAUUAUUUGUGAAAGGGGGUAGUUUUUUUAAAUUAAUGUGAUAUAGACAGAUUUAUUUAUUUAUUAGCUGUAAUUUUUUAUUGCUUAUUGUAAUAAUAAAUGUUUUAACCAUAAA